AUGUACCUAUGCAUGCCUUGUUUGUCAUUUUACUUCUCUCAGACAUUUAACCGCGGCCCCGGAGCCAAAUUAAGUGCAAAGACAUGGGGCGCUCUGAAGCAAGACACAAGUUUGAGGCUCAACAGCUUCCAUCCCUGGCGUCAAAUAUGGAUCCCCCGUCCGUCCCGUGCCCCCCCCCCCCCCGGCGAUCUCGAAACCGAUGAAGAACAGCACCCAUUCCGCAGCGACGUCCGACAGCGGGAAGGCUCCCCGGCGUUGAAACGCAGUUCAGACGAGUAA